AAACCUUUUAAGUGCGAGAACUACUCUAAGGUAUUUACGUUAAAAGCAACUCUAACGAGGUAUAUAAUAAUAAGUUAUAAAGGAAUUAAAAGGGAAGCCGGCUUUAACCUAAAAUCUUUUAAGUGCGAGAACUACCCUAAAGCAUUUACGUUAAAAGCAAUUCUAACGAAGCAUAUAAUAAUAAGUUGUAAAGGAAUAACGAGGGAAGCCGGCUUUAACCUAAAACCUUUUAAGUGCGAGAACUAUACUAGUGCAUUUAAGUACAAAUACGGUAUAAAAAGGCAUAUAGCAACUUAUAAGGGAGCAAAGAGGGAAGCCGAUAUUAGCCUAGAGACUUAG